AUGCAGUGGCCUGCCCAGAGUGUUCGACGUGGACCCUUCCCAUCUCUGAUUGUUCCUCUGCAGAUGCCUUCCCACCCCCAUGCCGUUGUGCUUCGCAUGAUCAAUGGAGACAUUGCAAAGUUGCUGAGAAGUGCUGGGGCCCCUGACUCUGCCCUGGGCAGUGCCCAGGUGGGCCCAGAAGUCAUCACAGCGAAGUACCUGCACUCCGAGGCAGUUUUGCUGGGGCCAAGUUCUCGCUCUAAAGAUGAGUUCCCAUCAGUCCAAAAUAUAUUAACUCAUCCUGUAAGUAUUUCCUGGGCCCUCACUCUGCCACGUACUAUUUUAGAAUCAGGGGAUGGAUUGCAGUGA